AUGACCUCCGACGAACCCGUUAACGCCCUCCCCUUCAAGAAACUCAUCAUUAUCUUUGUCGGUCUUGUCCUGGGAGUCUUUCUCGCCACCCUGGACCAAACGAUCGUCUUGGUGCGUACGACCAAGAUCGCGAACGAGUUCAAGGCGCUGAAUGAUGUUGCGUGGAUUGGAACCUCGUAUCUUUUGACGGCCACUGCCUUCCAGCCUCUGUACGGUCGCUUCUCGGACAACUUUGGUCGCAAGUCCGUCUUCCUCUUCGCUAUCACCGUCUUCCUCUUCGCUAUCACCGUCUUCCUCGACGGACCGGCCCUCUGUGGCGCAGCCCAGAGCAUGGUCACGACGAUAGUAGCUUGGGGCAUCAGUGGAGUCGGGGCUGGAGGAAUCAUGUUCAUGGUCAUGAUCAUCAUCACCGACCUGGUCACCCCCCGCGAGCGCGGAAAGUGUCAGGGGAUCAUCGGUGCCGUCUUUGGGCUUUCUUCUAUUAUUGGACCACUUCUUCGAGGUGUCUUUACAAACCAUGCCUCGUGGCACUGGGCUUUCUUUAUCAACCUGCCCAUUGGUGCCGUCACCUUCGCCGUCGUCAUCAAGCUCUGCCUCCAUCACGUCGGCGACUCCCUCCACGAAAAGAUCAAACGUAUCGAUUUCUUGGGUGUCUUCUCUCCCAUCACCGGUCUGAGCGCCUAA